AUGGUCUGCCACUCGCAGAUACAGGUUGACAUCGGGAACAACAGUACUCCAAGCAAGAAGCGACGAAAGCUCAAGAAGCUGGAAGAGAACGUGAACACCGCUUAUGCCUCACAGUAUGCAAUGGAGACCUUCCAACCAUGGUAUGCGGAGCUCUGUUGGCAUGACAGAAACAUCAUCAUUGCCGCAGACCAGAUGUCCUUCAAGUUGCACACCAGCAUGCUUGAACAGCACUCAAGCGUCUUCAGCAAGCUGCUGGAUGAUACACAGGCCCGUCAUAAUUCUCCAGAACUUUUUGAAGGCUGCCGAAUACUGCGUGUUGAUGACAAGGGUGUGUAUUUAGCUGAGUUUUUCUGGAUUUUGUAUGAUGGUGGUGGAGGCUUCUUCGACUGGAGAAAGCCCAUUGAAGUUACAGACUUACGACGAAUCACACUUAUUGCCAUCAAGUACAAGGUUCAGCACAUUAUUGAUGAAGCCGUCAUUUGUCUGGAAUACUUCUUCCCAACCUCUUUCAAGCCCGACCAUUUCAACUCUGAUUUCUACAUAGGCAGCGAUUGA